AUGUCAAUGAAUGAUGGUGAGAAGAACUUUAAAGUUGUGAUACUUGGUGAAGGAUGUGUUGGAAAGACAUCAUUGAUACAAAGAUAUACACAGAACAACUUUAGUGACAAAUACAUGAUGACGCCAUCAGCGGGAUACUCACAAAAGAUGGUCAACAUGUCUGGAAAGAGAGUAUGUCUCACAAUAUGGGACACUGCUGGUCAAGAUAGAUUCCAUGCCCUUGGUCCAAUUUAUUAUAGGGAUUCUCAAGGAGCAAUUAUAGUGUAUGAUAUAACGGAUGGAGACUCAUUCAUAAAGGCAAAGACAUGGAUGAAGGAGAUAAAGACACAGUUGGGCUCAGCGAUUCAGAUGUGUUUGGUUGGCAACAAGAGUGAUCUGGAAAGGGCUAGAGUUGUGCAACCAGAGGAGGCAGAGUCCUAUGCAGCAUCAGUUGGAGCACUACACUACACCACAUCGGCCAAGCUGAACAAAGGUGUCGAAGAACUCUUCUUGGAUCUUACAAAGAGAAUGUUUACCAUGAAACCAUUGGGGAGCGAUAGUAAACCAACUUGUGUCAUUCAAGUUAUACCAGAGACAACAGAUAAGAAGACAUCGCCCUGCUGCUGA